CGUUUCUACUUGUUGCUGUUGACGCUAUAACGUGUUUCAUAUUUUCACGCAAUAUGCAAUAUUUUUAAGCUCCGAGAAACCAUUUAACUAAUAAUUAUAGUGUAAAACAAUAGCUUUGACAUAAUGCUAUCCAUACAAAAUUACGGUAGCAGCUCAGAAGACGACGACGACAAUGAGACCGAAGGCACCAAAGUGGAGACCAACGAAAAGCUAUUAACGCAUUUAAAACCAAUAGAUCCUAGUUUAUCAGUUGCUAAGAGUAUGCAAAUAGUUGCUGCACCUGUUGUAAUGCCUACCAAUAAUGACGAUACUCGUGUGUUGAUACCUACUGGCGGAGAGUUGAUGCACAAUCCAAAAUAUGAAGAAUUAUUUGCCCCCACAUAUGGUCCCGAGAACCCAUUCCAGACUCAGCAAAUGAAGGCACACAAGAAUACUCUUGCAGGUUAUGUAGAAAAAGCUCACAUAAGCGAGUUCCAGUUUGAGAACCAGCGGAGAACUUUUACCAGUUAUGGCUAUGCCAUGGAUCCCUCAACUGAUGGUGAUGCAGAGACUGCUAAUGCUGUUGUUGUGUCUGCAAUGGUGGCGCCCCCUGUGGAGGCGGAAGGCAAAACAGUGUUUGAGACGAUAAAGAAGAGACCUCUUGAUAAAAAGAAAAGGAACAAAAAUGACAAUCCUGAGGACAUUAGUGGCUUUUUGGGGCCUUGGGGAGGCUAUGUAGGAGAGCAAAGAGUGAUGAAGCCAGAAGGUGAUGAAGCAAAGGAGCUUGAGGAAAUAUUAGCAAAGAGACAGAAGCGAGGCAAAGUGGAAGACGACAAGCCUCUCGAGGAGAAGAGUGUGUUCCACAUCGACAAGGCGACGGAUUACCAGGGCCGCUCGUGGCUGGUGGCUCCGCGUUCUGAGACACAACUUAGAAGCGACGCGCCACCCGAUAAGUGCUUCUUGCCAAAGGCACACAUCCACACGUGGAAGGGGCACACGAAGGGCGUGGCGGCGGCGCGCUGGCUCCCCGGGCCCGCGCACCUCAUGCUGUCGGCCGGGAUGGACUGCAGGGUUAAGAUCUGGGAAGUGUACGGCGAGCGGCGCUGCAUAAGGACGUACUUCGGGCACCGGCAGGCCGUACGAGAUAUCAACUUCAACAACACUGGAGAACAAUUCCUUUCUGCCGCCUACGACCGCUACAUAAAGCUAUGGGACACGGAGACCGGCGCGUGCACGGGUCGCUUCACGUCCCGCAAAGUGCCGUACUGCGCCAAGUUCCAUCCCGACGAAGACAAACAGCACUUAUUCGUGGCCGGCACUUCGGACAAGAAGAUCAUAUGCUGGGACACUCGAACGGGUGAGAUCGCCCAGGAGUACGACCGGCACCUCGGCGCCGUGAACACCAUCACGUUCGUGGACGACAACCGCCGCUUCGUCACCACCUCCGACGACAAGAGCCUCAGGGUGUGGGAGUGGGACAUCCCCGUGGACAUGAAAUACAUCGCGGACCCGUCCAUGCACUCGCUGCCCGCCGUCACGCGCGCGCCCAAUGGCAAGUGGCUCGCCUGCCAGUCCAUGGACAACAAAGUUGUGGUGUUCAGUGCGCUCAACAGGUUCAAGAUGAACAGGAAGAAGACCUUUACUGGACAUAUGGUGGCUGGAUACGCUUGUUCCGUGGAUUUCUCUCCGGAUAUGAGUUUUAACGGCAAGUGGCUCGCCUGCCAGUCCAUGGACAACAAAGUUGUGGUAUUCAGUGCGCUGAAUAGGUUCAAGAUGAACAGGAAGAAGACCUUUACUGGACAUAUGGUGGCUGGAUACGCUUGUUCCGUGGAUUUCUCUCCGGAUAUGAGCUACCUGGUGUCCGGCGACGCCGACGGCAAGUGUUACAUCUGGGACUGGAAGAGCACGAAACUCUACAAGAAGUGGAAGGCUCACGAUGGCGUUUGUAUAACCGCUUUGUGGCAUCCACAUGAACCGAGUCGGUUGCUUACAGCGGGCUGGGAUGGUGUCAUCAAGUAUUGGGACUAAGAACUUUAAAGUUGCAGUGUUGAAAAAAAUAGUUUUUGAGAGAUUCUUGAGAAUAAUCGUGAGUUAAAUUCAGUGCUGCGUAAUUCUUUCAAAAUCACCCUUUUUUGGGCAUUGAAAAAUGUCUAAUACCACAAAUAGGGCAUCGCGAAAUGUUACCUUGCUGGAAUAGAGCAGGCAAACGGGAAUAACCUCCACCAUACAGAAAACCAGUCAUUAUAACAUUUUUACGGGCAAAGGAAACUCUACAAUAAUUGGCGAGCUCACGAUGGCGUCUGCAUCACAGCUUUGUGGCAUCCACACGAACCAAGCCGGUUGCUUACAGCCGGGCUGGCAUAUGAGGUCAUCAAGUACGGGGAUUAAUAAAGUUGCAAUCACAAGUGUUGCAAAAAAUCGUAAUCGAGAGAUUCUUAAGAAUACUAGUGAGCCGGUCCAUUUCUUUAAUAAAAAAAAAGUGUGUUUUACCACAAAAUAAUUCUUAAAGUACUAAUGAAUGAUGGUACCUGAAUAAUUAUGAUCUAUUAGUGAUCAUAUAAUUUAAUUUACAAGAGUUAUUCUUUCAUUGGUUUUAUUUAUCCUCCUUUAAAGAAUAAAGGACCCAGUGUGGUAAAGUCACACUAUUAUACGUGUCAAACUUAAGAAGAGUCUUAAGACGAGUAUUGUAAGCAGAACAAUAUUGAGUGGCUAUUCAUGUAACUAGACAAGUGCCGAUACACAUGACUACGUAUUAUCAGCUGAUAUAACAAGAUACAUUGUUACUACAGACAGAUAUUAUGGUAUAAUAUUUUAAACUUUCGCGUUUUGAACACACAUGAAAUAACUGACAUUUAUAGACGGGUCUAAUUGAAUAAAAUUCGCGUUAGACCCGUCUAUAAAUGUGAGUUAAGAUAUUAUGGUGCUUCAAACUAAGGUAAAGUAUUAUAGUUAUGUAUAUACCUACUUGUGAAUCACUGAUCAAAACAUACUAAAUAACUCAACAUAAUUAUAUUCCGGUCCUUCGGAAAACUAACAUUGCUUUGAAAGGCACUUGAAACUUAUUGUCAUUUAUUUAACGUAAAUAUCCCAUUGUUUGACGCCGUAAUUUCAAUAAUUGACACCCUGUGGCCUAUUUUAUAAAGCUACAAGUUACAAUUUACAAGCGGAAGUCUCUUUCUAACCCUAUGUGUUAGAACGAGACUUCCGCUUGUAAAUUGUAACUUGUAGCUUUAUAAAAUAGGCCACUGAUCGUUACAAUUGUAUUAUUGCCAUGAUUGCAUUUUUGGGUGACACCUAACGGAAUGCGAGGAACAUUGAGAUACGUACACUCAGUGUUUUAAAUAAGUGUAAAAUGCUAAUUUAUUACUCGUAUCUAAAUAAUGGUUGUUUGACUUGUUUGUGUAAAGAGGAUUAAGUUGUCAUGGAGUUGCACUAUCGGAUAAUAAGUGCAUUUACGAGCAAUAAGCCAUCGAUUGUUAAUUACCUAUCAUUAAGACCGCAGAUAAUAAAACAAUGAAAAACUUU